AGUUGUAAGAAAUUAAAAUAUUUUAUUAUGUUGAGAAUAAAUCAAAAACUAUUAGAUAUGCCUGUAAAAACCACUGCUGGUGACUUCAGUUUGCAUGAUUAUUAUAAAAAUUAUUGGGGCUUAAUGGUAUGUUACGUAUCAGAUUUUUCGGCAGUGUGUACAAAUGAACUUAGUAGACUAGCAAUGAUACAUAAUAAAUUAGAAAAACGAGGAGUAAAAACUAUGGCUAUGUCUUGCGAUUCAAUGGAUUUUCAUAUUAAAUGGACAGAGGAUUUAAAAAAACUUGGAGAAAUCAAAGACGAUGAAGAUUUUCCUUUCCCAAUCGUAUCGGAUUGUAACCGUAUGUUAUCAAUAUAUUUGAGUGUUCUAGAUCAAAAGUGUGUUGAUCAAGAUGGUAUUCCGGUACCAUGCAGAGCAACUUUUAUAUUCGCACCUGAUUUAAGCAUUCAACUGAUGCAUUUUUAUCCUCAAACCACUGGCCGUAAUAUCGAUGAAUUGAUGAGAACUAUAGAUGCAUUAAAGUUAUCUUUCAAAUCAAAAGAACGUUUAUUGACACCAUGUGAUUGGAAGCCUACUUCAACUAGUGUUUUAUUAUCGGAAAAAUUAUCAAAGUUAGAGAUCGAUAAAUUUUUUCCAACUUCAAAGUUAAUUAUAUUACCAUCUGGAAAAGAGUAUUAUCGUUGCUAUGAACAAGUAAAGAAAGCUACUUAA